AUGCUUUCAGCGGCAGUGGUGGCUCGUGCUUGGUCAGGUUACAUGAACGUGCUCACCGAUGGGGUCAUCAAAAAUUUCACAAUUGAACACAUUGGGAGGUUGAAUGUGAAUAUUUUUGCAGCUGAAUAUUUGGAUGUGUUGGCUUUUCUUAUAGCGGCGAUAAUUUGUAUUCUGAUGGCAACUGGGGCUCAAGGAUCAACGAGAUUCAACAACUGUAACACGGUGUUGAAUUUUAUUAUGAUUUCAGUCGUCACAGUGAUCGCUUUCACCUAUGCUGAUCUGAAGAAUUGGACGGCCAAGACUCCCGAUGGUUCGUCGAGCUUUUUCCCGUAUGGAAUCAGUGGCACCAUCGCCGGUGCAUCAGCUUGUUUCUUUAGCUUUAUCGGUUUUGAUGGUUUGGCAACGGCUGGAGAAGAGGCUAAAGAUCCAAUCAAAUCAAUCCCCAGAGCCACAUUCCUUUGCAUGGGCAUUGUGACAAGUGUCUACGUUUUGAUGUCAGCUUCUCUAUCAUUGAUGAUGCCAUAUACUGAAAUGGAUCCAGAAGCUGCCUUUGUCGUCGCUUUCAAAUCAAAAGGCUCACAGGUGGCGGUGAUUGCGGUGACAAUUGGAGCGAUUUGUGGGAUGACUGGCAGCAUGUUUGGCUGUUUAUUCGCUUUACCUCGUUGCGUUUAUGCAAUGGCGCAAGACGGGUUGAUUUUUAGGUGCUUAUCAAAAGUGAACGAGAAAACGCAGGUUCCAGUGAAUGCAAUAGCCGUCUUCGGCUUGUUAACUUGCAUCAUGGCAGCUCUCUUCAAUGUUGAGACUUUAGUCGACUUCUUGUCAUUAGGCACUCUCAUGGCUUAUUCAAUUGUGGCUGUAUGUGUGAUCUUGUUAAGAUACGAAAAAGAGGAACAACUAGAUGUGAACGGGCUUCGAAGUAAAAUCCUCUCAAAGUUUUCAAAAGAUCAAAAUCCUCGAGUUUCUGCGGCGCUGAUCAUCUUGCUUUUCGGGUUCAUCGGAUUCGAUCUUUGCCUCAUAAGCAACUUCUGGUCGCUGUUCAUCGGGAAAUUUGUCGCCAUUUUGUGUCUUUUCAUCUCAAUUCUUUCUCUCGGAUGGAUCUCUUUGCAUAAACAGUCAACCCUCGUUCUUCCAUUCCAAGUGCCAUUGGUCCCAUUUCUGCCGGCACUUUCGCUCUUUUUGAAUACUUUUAUGCUUCUCAAUCUUCCAUAUUUGGCGUGGGUUCGUUUCGGGGUUUGGAUAGGAAUUGGUUUAUUGAUCUAUUUCCUGUACGGGAUUCAUCACAGUGUUGAAGAAAAGAGAAAUAAAGUGAAGGAUCUAACAGAAAACACUGUCAAGUAUAUAAGUGAA